AUGCCCUUCUUUCGCCGACCAUCUAUACUAUCUCUGGUGCUCGCGGCCUUCAUCUUGACACUCCUUCUGAACGGCUUCGGCAACUUCUCCCCCGAGCAAUCAUACCAAGAUGGACCAUCAUAUAACCCCUCUCUCUUCUCCCCCGGCACUGCCAAACCAGCUGGAGAGAACUACUCCCGUGUUCUGGUCAUGGCGCGCCUGUCGACUGAAGACGCGUCUUGGCUUGACAAGGACCUCCCCGAGCUGCCCAGGAAGAUAUACACGGUCGACUCGCCCCACUACUCUGGUCUGCCAGCCAACAAAGGUAACGAGGCUAUGGCCUAUCUGACCUACAUAAUCGACCACUAUGAUUCUCUGCCUGACAUUGUCUUGUUUUUUCACCCGCCCAAGAAAAGCUGGCACAACAACAUCGUGCUGGACACCGAUACCGCCAUCACCAUCAAACUCCUCUCGGACGCCCACGUCAUGCGACAGGGCUACUUCAACACGCGCUGCCACCUGGACCCGGGCUGCCCAGACUGGCUGCACGUCGACCGGCCAAAGUGGAGGUACGAUCUCCAGCGCAAGCCCGAAGAACCGGCCCUCAGCUCGUCUCUCUUCGACGACCUGUUUGGGAGCGACGUUGCCAUUCCCCGCGCCAUCUCGCAACCAUGCUGUGCACAGUUCGCCGUCUCGGGCGAGCGCAUCCGUCAACGCCCACUGAGAGAUUACGUGCACUACCGCGACUGGCUGCUCAGGACCGCGCUCGACGACAAAAUCUCGGGCCGCAUCCUGGAGUAUUCAUGGCACUACAUAUUCACGGGCGUUUUUGAGUGGUGCCCGUCGCCACACAGAUGCUACUGCGACGGAUACGGGAUCUGCUUCGAGGGCGGCGAGCAAGGGCUGCGUAAGUGGUUGGACUCGUUUCGGGCGAAGGAGGUCCUGGACAGGAAACUGCAGGGCCUGUGGCGCGGCGGCGACGAGGGCGGCAGCAAGAAAUUCAAGAAGAUCAAAGAUCAAAGCGGCCGGUUGGGCAGGGAGUUGGACGAGGCGAGGGAGCAGGCCCUAAAGAGAGGAUUCGAUCCACAGAUCCGGGCGAAGGAGUACGCCAGGGAGUGGCAUGAGGGUGAUGGCUUUUGA